AUGCAAUCUACAGCAACACCGAUGCAAGGUCAUUUCCUCCACGGCACCGUGUUUCGUCACUUGGAGCCCGCUCCAGCGGUCCGUAGCUCGCCCGCGUUGACGCGUCCCCCACCAUCCCAAGUCCACAUUGCCUCGGACGGACGAAGUCGCCUGAGAUGGCUUUUUCCGCAGCCUCUUGCCAAAACAUCAAGUGAACAAAAGGAGCACCUGCACUUUCCAUCGCCUAUUCACAGUCUGGAUCCCGCUCAACCACUCGGUGUUUGCAAAAGGGGGACUAGGCAGACCAAGGCAUUCUUGGGGUUCCUGCCCUUUGUUGCUUGA